GGCCGGCGGCGGGGGAUGGUGUCCCCCGCCCGGUGUGGGGCUGCAGUUGUGGAGGAGCGGCGGCACCAUGCGGGCGGCCGCCGGGGACGUGGUGGGCAUCCUCUGCUUGGUUUCUGUGGCGGCCACGCUGGAUUUCAAGUACCACCAUGCUGAGGAGCUGGAGAAGUACCUGAAGGGGGUUCACGCCGAGUACCCCUCCCUCACCCACUUGCACAGCAUCGGGCGAUCGGUGGAAGGUAGAGACCUGUGGGUUCUUGUUCUGGGAAGGUUUCCAACCCAUCAUAAGAUUGGCAUUCCAGAGUUCAAGUAUGUUGCUAAUAUGCAUGGGGAUGAGACCGUUGGGAGAGAAAUCCUGCUCCAUUUGAUAGACUUCCUGGUGACCAGCUAUAGACAUGACCCAGUUAUUACCCGGUUACUCAAUAAUACCCGGAUUCAUAUCAUGCCAACAAUGAAUCCUGAUGGAUUUGAAGCUACAGAAGUGCCUGAUUGUUAUUACACACGAGGAAGGUACAACAAGAAUGGAGAAGAUCUGAACAGAAAUUUUCCUGAUGCCUUUGAAAAUAACAACGCUAGCAUUCAGCCAGAGACUCAAGCAGUAAUGAACUGGAUAAAAAAUGAAACGUUUGUUCUUUCAGCAAACUUGCAUGGGGGUGCCCUGGUUGCCAGUUACACCUUUGAUAAUGGUAACUCAGUUACUGGCUCUUUGAAAGGCUAUAGCAGAUCUCCAGAUGAUGAUGUCUUUAUUCACCUGGCAAAAACCUAUUCUUCCAACCAUGCCAGCAUGUACAAAGGGACUGGGUGUGACAAGAGACAAACCUUUCCAGAAGGCAUUACCAAUGGAUACUCUUGGUACCAGUUGGAAGGUGGAAUGCAAGAUUACAACUAUGUCUGGGGACAAUGUUUUGAAAUUACAUUGGAGCUGUCAUGCUGUAAAUAUCCUCCAGCAGACCAGCUGGAAAAGUUCUGGAGAGACAACAAAGUUGCUCUGAUUGAAUAUAUAAAACAAGUACACCUAGGUGUCAAGGGUCAAGUUACUGAUAAGAAUGGGAAUCCUAUUCCCAAUGUCAUCGUGGAAGCCAAAGGAAGGCCUCAUAUCUGCCCCUACAGAACAAAUGAACAAGGGGAGUACUAUCUUCUCCUUUUGCCUGGGACGUAUGUGAUCAAUGCUACUAUACCAGGAUUUAAAUCGAUGCUGAAGACAGUGGAAAUACCUGACAACACUGGUAACUUCAGUGCUUUAAAACAGGACUUCUCUUUCUCAGAGGUCUCUAUCAGACCAAGAGUUGCUUCAUGUCCCAAAAUUCCCCUGUACCAAGAGCUCACACGGGCUUCAGCUGCAGUAAAACCAACCCUACAUGUCUUGGUUUUAAUGACUGCUCUGCUUGUAAUUUUAAAAUAAAGUCAGGAAUGAGAUGUUAUGGCCAGGCAAAAUCCACCUGUACAAAUGUGGCUUUGUAUAUGCAAAAGAAUGUCUGUUUUUAUAAACCAAAUUCUCAGAUUCACAAUCAUGUUCACUGUAUUUUGUAAAAUACUGGGUUGACGAUCAAAUGUUUGACUAUAUUUUUAAUUGUAAUAGACUAUCAUAUUUUUCUAUGUAAGUAUUUUACUCUGAAGAAAUUUUGUACAGCCGAUGGAGAUAACUGUAGAAUUUCAACACAGAAAGUACAAAUACAUUCUCAAGACUUUGCCUGAAUUCAAAAAAAA